GGGGGGGGUCCCCAAAAAGCCCCCAAAUUUGGGGUUUUGGGGUUUUUUAUCUGAGAAAAAAGGAAGUUUCUAGCAUUUAUGACGUCAGGGGAACCCCCCCAUCCCCCUCACCCUGAGGAAAAAUUAAACGUUCCUGGUGUUUUUCUGAGGAAAAAGGGAAAUUUGGUGGCUUUUCUUUUUUUGAGGGAAAAGGAAAUUUCAAGGUGUGUUUUUCUGAGGUCCCCAGCCAUGGCAGAAGAGCCUCGUCUCUUCAAGCUGGCCCGUCGGGGGCAGCUGGAGGAGCUGAAGGACGCUCUGCGGCGCGGGGACGCCGGCGGGCAGCGCUGCGGGCGCUCGGGGGACACGCUGCUGCACCUCGCCGCCCGGCACGGCCACCGCCGCCUCCUCGCCUGGCUGCUGGAGGAGCUGGCGCUGGACGUGGAGGUGGCCAACGGCGACUACAAGAGGCCCCUCCACGAAGCCGCCUCCAUGGGCCACGGGGAGUGCGUCUCCUACCUCCUGGCCAGGGGAGCCAGCGUGGAUCCCUUGAAAAGGGCGGACUGGACUCCCCUAAUGAUGGCUUGCACCAGGCAGAACCUGGAGGUGAUCAAAGACCUCGUGGAGCACGGAGCCAACCCGCUGCUGAAGAACAAGGACGGCUGGAAUUGCUUUCACCUCGCCAGCCGGGAGGGCCACGGGCAGGUCCUGCGGUACCUGCUGGCAGCGUCCCCGAGCAGCUGGGACACGGAGAGCACGACCAGGAGAACGCCUCUGCACACGGCGGGUGCCGGUACAAACCGGACAGCAGGGACAACUGUGGAGUCACUCCCUUCAUGGACGCUCUCCAGAACGGGCACGUCGACAUUGCCCGGCUGCUCCUGGAAAAACACCGGGCUUGCCCCACAGCCGUGGAUGCGCUGGGCGCUCAGGCGCUGCACCGGGCGGCCGUCACGGCACAGGACGGAGCCAUUCGGUUCCUGGUGGCCGAGCUGGGUGUCGGGGUCGACGAGAGAGCGACGGCCCUGCGGCUCACAGCGCUGCACUACGCAGCCAAGGAAGGACACACGCGCACCAUCCAGACGCUGCUGUCCCUCGGUGCCGACAUCCACGCGAAGGACGGGAAAGGCCGCUCUGCCCUGCACGCGGCGUGCGCUGGGCAGCACGCGGCUGCCGCCCGGAUCCUGCUCGGCGCCGGGCUGCGGGACGCCCCGGAUAGCGCAGGCGCCCUGGCACGGCAGCUCGCGAGGAAGCCGGAGGUCGUCCAGGUUUUCCGAGAACGGGAUGUCAGCGCGUGAGGCCGCCCGGGAGAGAAAGCCGCUUCGUUUCGGCGCGGGCUGGACCGCGCCUCUCCUCGUGGCUCCUCGGAGUAAAACCGUGGAAGGGAGGUGCCCCACGGAUGAUCUCUGGGGGCCUUGCAGGGCUCGAACUGUGCGACCCUGCGCAGCUCGUGGUGGGAUGCGUCAGCGCAGAGGACGUCCUGAAGGAGAAGACGACACCUGGGUCGUUUGUACAGCCCUAAGGGACCCGUUUCUCCGCGAACCCUGUUACGCUGCUGUAAGUGAUCCGAGAGAAAACGAGGGAUUUGUGAUCGCAGACCUCCUCCUCGCGUGGCGCUUCUCGCCGCCGCCGAAGCGACCUUUCUCUUCGAAGCGCGGAGGGAAAGGGCUUCAGAUUUAACGUAGCCGCUGAGUCUCGGUCUGGAACGCGCACACAAAGCGAGGAGCUGCUGUAGCUGUUCGGCUCGCUUGUGUCUCUCGGGAAUUAUAAGCCGGGUUUCGCGCUGAAACGUAACUCCCCCCCGCGUCCGUGCGUGACGGCAAGGUGCAACGAACGCUCGGAUCCGCAGCUCUGCGGCCCGCAGGGGGUAAAACGGCUCUUAAAAAAAACAAACAAACCAACAAACAAAAAAAAAUAAA